AUGGCAGAGUUCCUUCAGCGACUGGAUACCUCCAAGUUGGUCUUGGUCGGCGCAGGCCUCUCCUUCGCUGUCAGCGCCUUCAGUGCACCAAGAUACAACCUGCCUAUAUUCCUCUUUGGAAUCUAUGCGCAAGAGAAUGCCGAGGCAGUGCAGUCUCUUCAGACGUUCACAUACCUUCUGUCUGCCUCAAUAGUAUACGACAUCAUCUGGAUGUUCAGGAAUGAACAGCAUUGGCUUGUCAAGCUGAUCACGAUCUUGGCCCUAGCGUUGAAGGCAAGUCUCUUGCUCAAUCCUGACACCCUCCACAUCCUAACCUACUUGCAGGUGCCGACAGUAAUGGCUUUCUUCGCGGCAAUGCAACAGCGCGGGGGUCAACUCUCUGGUCUUUCCUUCCGUGGCGGCGACUUGAAUGGCGCCACUGUCUGGUCCAUGCCAGGAGGGUUCACGUCUGGUGGUAGAGAAGGGUACCAGACAGUAGACGAGACGACCGACGUGCAAACACCGAAGCCACUUGGCACCGCAGCACCGGCUUUGAAUAACCCACCCAAUGCACCCGGCGCAUACCACAAUGUAUAA